AUGAACGCUGUUAACGAAAGAAAGCAAGAAGACGACACAAAGAAGAACCAGAAGCAGUUUAGAUUUCCUGGUGUAAAAAAACACUUUACUACUGUUAAGGGAUACACUACAGAAAUCAACCAGCUGAAAGACACCAUAGAAAGCACCAAGAAGAGGCUGAACAGCCGCAUUGAGGAGUUCAGAAAACAGACUGGGCAGAAGGAGCUGUAUGACUCCAGAGACCAGAUCCAGGAGAAGAUUGCUGAGCUGCAGAAGGAGAAGAAGAGAAUGUUUGAUGAAGUAAAUAUUGCAAGGAACGAGCUCAGAGAACUUUCCCAAACCGUUGGUGAGGAGAAGAAGAUGAUGAACAUGCAAAGCACUGCUGAUCUAAAGAACAAGCUUAUGUCUAUUGAUAACAGAAUUAUCGAAAAGCCAUUGAAUGUGAAGGAGGAGAGAGAUAUCAGCAAUGAGAAGAACCAGAUCCGAAAGAUGCUCUCAAUGCAGGACAUCUUUAAGGAGAAGGAUGAAAAGAUCAAGGAAAUGGAAGACCAGAAGAAGAAGAAGGAGGCAGUUCUGUCUGUGAAGAAACAGGAGCUGGAGAUCCAGAACAAGCUUCUUCUUGAAGUAAAGGAAAAGAUCGAUGCAGUCAAAAAGACUGUCUACCCAGAGGACAUAAAGAAGAUGCAGGCCUCUGUGGCAUCAAUCAAUGCUGAAGUAGCUGUUCUGUCCAAGAAGAGAACCGAUGAGUUUGAGAUCAUCAAGAAGAAGAGCGAGGAGUUUGACCUGAAGGCUGCAGAAAUUGAAGUUGCAAAGAGCCGAAAGGAUGCUCUCAUUGAGCAGGAGAAGCUUAUCUCUGACCUCCAAGAGGAUAAGGAAAAGAUGGAGAUGAAUCUGCACGGAAACCCAGCAGAGAAGCUGAAGUGCGUUAAGUCCUCUCUCUCUAAGUACAACAUACCAGCAAAGAGCGGAAAGAGCCAGCUCAUUACGCUGCCACUUCACCUAGUUAGCCAGCUAGUUAUGUUUAGAAUUGCAAUUCCAAAGACAGUAGCUGAUGUGGAGAAGACUCUCCAAAAGAUUGAUACUGUUGUAAAGGCAGAAGAAGAAAGCUUCCUUUCAAAGAAAGAACAGCUAUCCAUUGACAUAGCAGCAAUUGCAGAGAAGAUACAGAAAGAGAAAGAGACUCACAAGAAGAUGCCUCGCCCUGUCUUCCCUCGUCUGCUGGAAUAA